AAUAAUGUGUGAGUUGGGGCAAGUUAGAGCCAUUACCGAAACCACACAUAUUGGUUUGACCCAUACCCGACCCACCUAAACUCUAACACGGGUAUAACUAUAAUAGUAAAGUACAACAAAUUGAAUACCAGAUGAAUUAGGGUUUAAUCUUCCUUUUGUCCCUCUUGUUGGAGUGUGUGUGUAUAUAUAUAUAUGGAUCCUCCUCAAUCAGGCAUGGAAUCUGAAAAGGAGAUUAAGAGUGUAAUUGAAGUAAUGGCAGCUAGUGGCAAGUAUUGGCAUGACUGGGACAAGCUCAAGGGCAUGCUUUCAAUCCAUCUUAAGCAGGUCCUGUCAGAUUAUCCCGAGGCAAAAAUGACUAUCGAACAGCAACAAUCUUGUUUAGGGGUGAGCUUUCCCGAGUUGGCGAAAAGGUUGGAUGAUGCUCUCAACAGCUUUGCUGAAGGCCCUCCGUUUACUUUGCAAAGACUUUGUGAGAUUUUGUUGGAUGCACGGAACAUUUAUUCCAAGCUGUCAAAGCUUGCAUUGGCUCUAGAAAAGAAUUUGUUAGUUACAUCAACAUUGACCAUCUCCAGCGAUCCAUAUGCAUUGUCUACCUUACAAAAUGCAACAGUAGCAGACAGAGAAACCAAAGAUUCCCCAGUUCAAUGUAAUUUAGUGUCCAAUGGAGUGGAACCUAUAGCCAGUGCAGGUGAUGCAGAUGAAGUAAUGGCUGAGGUAGAAGAGGCCGAAGUUGAGGAUGUUAUUGACAUGGAUACGAUUGAAGCAAUAGUUAGAUCAUCUGAAGCAGAUACUGCGCCUGCCACUACCAGUGAUUCAUAAUGCCCUGUUCUAUGUAGCGAUUGUUUUCAUGUCAAAUACAGGAUGUGUGUGGAUGGAGAAGAGUAAUGUCUUUGAAAAUGUAUUUGUGUUGGAGAAGUAAUGCAGAUCUUGAUGUGUGGAUGUGCCUCUUGGCCUCUCCCCCCACCCCAAAUGAUAAUUUUAUAUUUUUAUGAUCAGUUGGAACCGUAUCUCCGAGUGGAGAUGGUUAUUUUUUC